CUUGAGAAGCUGAAAAUUAUUGCAGCAAUGGCCUUAGAGUUAACAAAGGAAAUCAUGGUCAGUCUGGUAUACAGUAGUUCCACAUUUCUGGUGAGAAAAGUAACAACCUUAACUGAAACCCAGAGACGGCGUCAGUAUCACGGUAAGAAAUGCACAAAUAGUUGUUUAAACUCAUAAAUUAUACACGAUGAAUUAAUGUCAGCAUUCACUGUAUUUGAAGCUAGUUUAUAUAGUUCACUGAAAAGGAUGAUAUAUAAGUGGAGGUUGUUCUUCUCUUGGUUACCCAUGUAAAACAAAAAUAACAAAGUUUGCAAAAGAAGGUGGGAGUAAGAAACCAUUAGGAUUCUCAGAGCACUCAAAUUAGAUGGGCAUUAUCAAGCUUGAUUGUUUAAAACUUCAUUAACUGCCUGGUCUGACAACUGUUUCCUGGUACUCUCACACAUAUGCUUUUUGAGACUUGUUUAUGACACGUUUUUAUGACUUGGCUUCCCAGCACUUCCUCUGCAUUUACACUUAUAGCAGACAAUAAAGUUUCUGUCUGGCUUUUAUAUUCUGAUGGUCACCAUGUUCAGUCUGAGGCAAGCAGCUCUAGUUCUUAUUCAUCUGAUGAAAAUACAGAGUCUCUUUGAAGUAUCAGCCACUCAGACGGCACAUUUUAAUAAGUCUGUGUCCAGCGGCGACCCGGUCACAUUUACUUGCAAUAUCUCUGGGAAUACCACCAAGGAAAUCACCUGGACCGAUGGCAGAUAUCAUUUUGUGAAUAUUAGUCAAAAUCAGACAUUCUCAAAUUUCUCAACCGAAAGAGUUAAAAUAGACUCUGAGAUGCCUUCUAAGUUCAUCAUCUUCAGAGCUCAACAUAAUGAUGCAGGAUUUUACACAUGUAGUAUAACUGAUACAGAGGGCGUCCAUGAAAACACAUGGAAUUUAACUGUUUCGGAAAGUAACGCACAGAAUUCAACUGUUUUGGAAAGAAAAGGUAUUAAUUUCUCAAGGCAUGUGUUUUUUAUUUUAUCACCUUCCAUUGGAUUGAUUUUAUGUUGCUUCAUGCUGGUUGUCUGCCUCUGCAGGAAUUGUAGGAGGAGAAGAAAAUCCCAACAUUUAGGCGUUAACCAGUAUAUCCCGACUGAUCCAUCGGAUAGUUCAGAUUGUUGGAGGAGCAAGCAGCAGAGAAAGGGGUACAUUGAGAGAAUGAACUCAAUUUAUGGCUAUUUCUGAGCUGAGACCCCCUUCAGACAUAUCAAGGUGGAUAUAUGUGUUUGAUGAACAUUACCUGCAGUUUUCUUUAAAUAAGAGGAGACUCUAGAACAGCGGUCCCCAACCUUUUUUGCACCACGGACCGCUAUAUGUCAGACAAUAUUUCCACGGACCGGCCGGGGGUAAAUACGAUCAAGUAAAAUCAUACAACUGGCAUAAAAUCAAAUACAAACAGCAUAAAAAUAUAACAAUAAGCCAGUCCCAUCUAGGAGUAAUAGGAGACAAUGACACACGUAGUGUGCUCCUGAUGUCCAGUCUGCUCCGUAGCUUUGUUUUGGUCGCUGUAACCGCAGAAAAUCACACUUCACAAAGAUAGGAUGUUAAAUAACAUCGG